UUUAAUUCUCUCUAAAAAUAUGAAUACAUAACUUGCUUAAGUUAUCAUCAACUUAACUCACAUAAUUUGCUAAAGAUCAAGAACAUCCAACACUUGAAAAUCCUUGCUUGAAAAAACAUAGAAGAAGAUGAAAAGCUCAAUGUGUUAUGUAGUUGGAGUCGCUUUGGCUUUGUUUUCCUUGUGUGUUUCAGCUACCGAUCCAGGGUCUCUGCAAGAUUUUUGUGUUGCUGCUAAAAAUCCAAAUGAUGCUGUGUUUGUGAAUGGAUUAUUUUGCAAAGACCCGGCACUUGCUGUGGCAGAAGAUUUCUUUCUACCACGAUUUAACAAACCUGGAGUCAUUAAGAGUCCAGUAGGGUCUGUAGUCACACAGGCUAAUGUUGCUCAAAUUGCUGGACUUAACACUCUUGGUAUCUCCAUGGCUCGUAUUGAUUAUGCACCCAAAGGACUUAACCCACCACACACGCAUCCAAGAGCAACAGAGAUUUUAGUGGUAUUAGAAGGUACCCUUCAUGUCGGAUUCGUCACAUCAAACCCAGAUAACAAGCUAUUCGCGAAAGUGUUGUACAAGGGAGAUGUGUUCGUAUUCCCUGAAGGACUCGUUCAUUUUCAAAUGAACUUGGAGAAAACCCCAGCUGUUGCUAUUUCCGCACUAAGCAGCCAAAAUCCAGGGGUUAUCACAAUUGCAAAUGCCGUUUUCGGAUCAAAAGCACCCAUCAGUGAUGAUGUUCUCGCCAAGGCUUUCCAAGUUGAUAAGAAAGUGGUUGAUUUUCUUCAGUCUCGAUUUUGGAUGGACAACUAGAUUCAAAACCAAUGAAUGAAUUACGAUAGUUGGUACUUAAGAAUAAACUAAAUUAUACUUUAUAUAUUGAUGUGACCUUAUGUUUGCGCUUGAUGAUGUUUUGCAUUUCAUAGUUCAAUAAAGAAGCUGUUGGAAAAAAUUGGGUUUCACAAAGGAUGAAUGAAUCAGAGAAGAAAGUGUU